AUGCUGUAUGUGACAAAAACCACGACGAUACCAGUCCCCAAGGUUUACGCCAUCUACCGAUGUCAUGAUGAGAAGCAGCGCAUCGCCACAUAUAUCGUCAUGCAAUAUAUCCCGGGUACGACGCUCCUCAACUUGUGGGCCAGCUUGGACCAGGCUCGCAAAACCGACAUCGCCAGGACCCUUCGUGGCUACUUCGAUGAGCUCCGGCGACUGGAACACCCAGAACACCUAGCCGGCUACUUCGGCAACAUCGCCGGCGGGCCGCCACUGGACGACAUGUUCUCGGCGACGCAGGGUGCUGCCGACGAGGUCAAGACGCCAUUUGCAACCGAGGACGAACUGAUCGACUGUAUCAUUCGGAUAUACGUGCUCGAAACCGGCGAGCGGACGAGCCAUAAGACCCGGUAUUACCAAAAUGUCCUUCCCACUUUCCUUCACGGCAAUGGCUCUCCCAACGUCAUGGUGCAGCCUGACGGGACGGUAGUCAUGAUCGACUGGGAGUUUGCGUCCUGGUAUCCGACGUAUUGGGAAUAUUCUACGGCUACAUUUGCCAACGGUGGUUGGAAUGAUGAUUGGCACGACUAUGUACGCAUGGCCUUGGAUGAAUACCCUAUCCAGUCCCUUUGGUUGUCGAGCAUGAAGCUUGAAAUGUGGAGCUGA